AUGGAAGCCAAGUUUUUGGAGAUCCAAAAAGACUUUGAGAAACUCAACUUUACAUCAAAGAGCCUCCAAAAGGACUCUCAACAAAAGCAGAGGGAUAUUGAGCUGGAUCGCCUGGAGCUGAAGACUUUCUGCAAACACCUGGAGAAGUCCUGGAACAGGAACAUGGAGGCUCUCGAGAAUAGGUUGAGGCGUGAAAACGCCGCUGGGAUUAAGAAGUAUCCCGAGACACUGCCGUAUUUGCAGCCAAUGCCCCCCAGCAAGGAGCCACAGCACAGCCAAAGUGCAUUUCUGCAGGGACUCGUGACCCGCCCCAACAAGGUAGGGAUGAUGAAGGUUCUUCGCGAGGAAUUUGGUGGGAUAAAGGCAGAACUCUCCCGCAUAUCAGAGGACAUGAAGAAGUUCCAGGAGGCACAGACCCUGAUGGUUUCCCAGCAUCAGGAGGAGAUUGAAAAGUUAAAGGCUGGCCAGCGUCAUGUGUCGGAGGAAAUGAAGAAGGUCCUGAUGUCGCGGGACCAGGACAUGACUCUCAUCCAGGAUCUGCGUGAGGAGGUUGACAAGAUAAAGACAACACAGCUCCUCAUGGAAGGAGACAUAAAGAAACUUAAGGAGUCUCUUGCCUUAGAUCAGGAGCUGAGACAGCAAAUGGAAGCCAAGUUUUUGGAGAUCCAAAAAGACUUUGAGAAACUCAACUUUACAUCAAAGAGCCUCCAAAAGGACUCUCAACAAAAGCAGAGGGAUAUUGAGCUGGAUCGCCUGGAGCUGAAGACUUUCCGCAAACACCUGGAGAAGUCCUGGAACAGGAACAUGGAGGCUCUCGAGAAUAGGUUGAGGCGUGAAAACGCCGCUGGGAUUAAGAAGUAUCCUGAGACACUGCCGUAUUUGCAGCCAAUGCCCCCCAGCAAGGAGCCACAGCACAGCCAAAGAGCUCUGGCGACCAUCAGAGCAGCAGUUUCAAACUGCCACCAGUUCAGGAUUCUCCCCGUUCUUCGCGAGGAAUUUGGUGGGAUAAAGGCAGAACUCUCCCGCAUAUCAGAGGACAUGAAGAAGUUCCAGGAGGCACAGACCCUGAUGGUUUCCCAGCAUCAGGAGGAGAUUGAAAAGUUAAAGGCUGGCCAGCGUCAUGUGUCGGAGGAAAUGAAGAAGGUCCUGAUGUCGCGGGACCAGGACAUGACUCUCAUCCAGGAUCUGCGUGAGGAGGUUGACAAGAUAAAGACAACACAGCUCCUCAUGGAAGGAGACAUAAAGAAGCUUAAGGAGUCUCUUGCCUUAAUGAAGAAGCUGGAGGAAGACCUUAAAAAGCUGAGGGAGGAUAUAGCCAAGUGGAAAGAAGAGAGCAGGUCAGAGCAUCCACCAGGAAGACUCCAGGUGGGGGACCACAAGGAAUCUCCUGCUGACGACCUCCUCUCAGCACUGUGCUUGUUCCAAGUGCAUUUCCCCGAUGUUUUCUGGCUGGAUCGCCUGGAGCUGAAGACUUUCCGCAAACACCUGGAGGAGUCCUGGAACAGGAACAUGGAGGCUCUCGAGAAUAGGUUGAGGCGUGAAAACGCCGCUGGGAUUAAGAAGUAUCCCGAGACACUGCCGUAUUUGCAGCCAAUGCCCCCCAGCAAGGAGCCACAGCACAGCCAAAGUGCAUUUCUGCAGGGACUCGUGACCCGCCCCAACAAGGUAGGGAUGAUGAAGGUUCUUCGCGAGGAAUUUGGUGGGAUAAAGGCAGAACUCUCCCGCAUAUCAGAGGACAUGAAGAAGUUCCAGGAGGCACAGACCCUGAUGGUUUCCCAGCAUCAGGAGGAGAUUGAAAAGUUAAAGGCUGGCCAGCGUCAUGUGUCGGAGGAAAUGAAGAAGGUCCUGAUGUCGCGGGACCAGGACAUGACUCUCAUCCAGGAUCUGCGUGAGGAGGUUGACAAGAUAAAGACAACACAGCUCCUCAUGGAAGGAGACAUAAAGAAGCUUAAGGAGUCUCUUGCCUUAGAUCAGGAGCUGAGACAGCAAAUGGAAGCCAAGUUUUUGGAGAUCCAAAAAGACUUUGAGAAACUCAACUUUACAUCAAAGAGCCUCCAAAAGGACUCUCAACAAAAGCAGAGGGAUAUUGAGCUGGAUCGCCUGGAGCUGAAGACUUUCCGCAAACACCUGGAGGAGUCCUGGAACAGGAACAUGGAGGAUCUCGAGAAUAGGUUGAGGCGUGAAAACGCCGCUGGGAUUAAGAAGUAUCCUGAGACACUGCCGUAUUUGCAGCCAAUGCCCCCCAGCAAGGAGCCACAGCACAGCCAAAGAGCUCUGGCGACCAUCAGAGCAGCAGUUUCAAACUGCCACCAGUUCAGGAUUCUCCCCGUUCUUCGCGAGGAAUUUGGUGGGAUAAAGGCAGAACUCUCCCGCAUAUCAGAGGACAUGAAGAAGUUCCAGGAGGCACAGACCCUGAUGGUUUCCCAGCAUCAGGAGGAGAUUGAAAAGUUAAAGGCUGGCCAGCGUCAUGUGUCGGAGGAAAUGAAGAAGGUCCUGAUGUCGCGGGACCAGGACAUGACUCUCAUCCAGGAUCUGCGUGAGGAGGUUGACAAGAUAAAGACAACACAGCUCCUCAUGGAAGGAGACAUAAAGAAGCUUAAGGAGUCUCUUGCCUUAGAUCAGGAGCUGAGACAGCAAAUGGAAGCCAAGUUUUUGGAGAUCCAAAAAGACUUUGAGAAACUCAACUUUACAUCAAAGAGCCUCCAAAAGGACUCUCAACAAAAGCAGAGGGAUAUUGAGCUGGAUCACCUGGAGCUGAAGACUUUCCGCAAACACCUGGAGAAGUCCUGGAACAGGAACAUGGAGGCUCCAGAGAAUAGGUUGAGGCGUGAAAACGCCGCUGGGAUUAAGAAGUAUCCUGAGACACUGCCGUAUUUGCAGCCAAUGCCCCCCAGCAAGGAGCCACAGCACAGCCAAAGAGCUCUGGCGACCAUCAGAGCAGCAGUUUCAAACUGCCACCAGUUCAGGAUUCUCCCCGUUCUUCGCGAGGAAUUUGGUGGGAUAAAGGCAGAACUCUCCCGCAUAUCAGAGGACAUGAAGAAGUUCCAGGAGGCACAGACCCUGAUGGUUUCCCAGCAUCAGGAGGAGAUUGAAAAGUUAAAGGCUGGCCAGCGUCAUGUGUCGGAGGAAAUGAAGAAGGUCCUGAUGUCGCGGGACCAGGACAUGACUCUCAUCCAGGAUCUGCGUGAGGAGGUUGACAAGAUAAAGACAACACAGCUCCUCAUGGAAGGAGACAUAAAGAAGCUUAAGGAGUCUCUUGCCUUAACAAAGCGUGAGCUGCAGAAGAUGGGAGAGCAGCAGGAGAGGAGGAAUGCCAUGCUGGAGCAGAUGCUGAAUGAGACAGCCGAUCAGCUGAAUGAGCAGGAUCAGGAGCUGAGACAGCAAAUGGAAGCCAAGUUUUUGGAGAUCCAAAAAGACUUUGAGAAACUCAACUUUACAUCAAAGAGCCUCCAAAAGGACUCUCAACAAAAGCAGAGGGAUAUUGAGCUGGAUCGCCUGGAGCUGAAGACUUUCCGCAAACACCUGGAGGAGUCCUGGAACAGGAACAUGGAGGAUCUCGAGAAUAGGUUGAGGCGUGAAAACGCCGCUGGGAUUAAGAAGUAUCCUGAGACACUGCCGUAUUUGCAGCCAAUGCCCCCCAGCAAGGAGCCACAGCACAGCCAAAGGAGGCCAGUGGUCCAUGGCGGUGGCUCCCAUGUGCCACAGAGCUCUGGCGACCAUCAGAGCAGCAGUUUCAAACUGCCACCAGUUCAGGAUUCUCCCCGUACGAGUGCAUUUCUGCAGGGACUCGUGACCCGCCCCAACAAGGUUCUUCGCGAGGAAUUUGGUGGGAUAAAGGCAGAACUCUCCCGCAUAUCAGAGGACAUGAAGAAGUUCCAGGAGGCACAGACCCUGAUGGUUUCCCAGCAUCAGGAGGAGAUUGAAAAGUUAAAGGCUGGCCAGCGUCAUGUGUCGGAGGAAAUGAAGAAGGUCCUGAUGUCGCGGGACCAGGACAUGACUCUCAUCCAGGAUCUGCGUGAGGAGGUUGACAAGAUAAAGACAACACAGCUCCUCAUGGAAGGAGACAUAAAGAAGCUUAAGGAGUCUCUUGCCUUAAUGAAGAAGCUGGAGGAAGACCUUAAAAAGCUGAGGCAGGAUAUAGCCAAGUGGAAAGAAGAGAGCAGGUCAGAGCAUCCACCAGGAAGACUCCAGGUGGGGGACCACAAGGAAUCUCCUGCUGACGACCUCCUCUCAGCACUGUGCUUGUUCCAAGUGCAUUUCCCCGAUGUUUUCUGGCUGGAUCGCCUGGAGCUGAAGACUUUCCGCAAACACCUGGAGGAGUCCUGGAACAGGAACAUGGAGGAUCUCGAGAAUAGGUUGAGGCGUGAAAACGCCGCUGGGAUUAAGAAGUAUCCUGAGACACUGCCGUAUUUGCAGCCAAUGCCCCCCAGCAAGGAGCCACAGCACAGCCAAAGAGCUCUGGCGACCAUCAGAGCAGCAGUUUCAAACUGCCACCAGUUCAGGAUUCUCCCCGUUCUUCGCGAGGAAUUUGGUGGGAUAAAGGCAGAACUCUCCCGCAUAUCAGAGGACAUGAAGAAGUUCCAGGAGGCACAGACCCUGAUGGUUUCCCAGCAUCAGGAGGAGAUUGAAAAGUUAAAGGCUGGCCAGCGUCAUGUGUCGGAGGAAAUGAAGAAGGUCCUGAUGUCGCGGGACCAGGACAUGACUCUCAUCCAGGAUCUGCGUGAGGAGGUUGACAAGAUAAAGACAACACAGCUCCUCAUGGAAGGAGACAUAAAGAAGCUUAAGGAGUCUCUUGCCUUAAUGAAGAAGCUGGAGGAAGACCUUAAAAAGCUGAGGCAGGAUAUAGCCAAGUGGAAAGAAGAGAGCAGGUCAGAGCAUCCACCAGGAAGACUCCAGGUGGGGGACCACAAGGAAUCUCCUGCUGACGACCUCCUCUCAUCACUGUGCUUGUUCCAAGUGCAUUUCCCCGAUGUUUUCUGGCUGGAUCGCCUGGAGCUGAAGACUUUCCGCAAACACCUGGAGGAGUCCUGGAACAGGAACAUGGAGGAUCUCGAGAAUAGGUUGAGGCGUGAAAACGCCGCUGGGAUUAAGAAGUAUCCUGAGACACUGCCGUAUUUGCAGCCAAUGCCCCCCAGCAAGGAGCCACAGCACAGCCAAAGAGCUCUGGCGACCAUCAGAGCAGCAGUUUCAAACUGCCACCAGUUCAGGAUUCUCCCCGUUCUUCGCGAGGAAUUUGGUGGGAUAAAGGCAGAACUCUCCCGCAUAUCAGAGGACAUGAAGAAGUUCCAGGAGGCACAGACCCUGAUGGUUUCCCAGCAUCAGGAGGAGAUUGAAAAGUUAAAGGCUGGCCAGCGUCAUGUGUCGGAGGAAAUGAAGAAGGUCCUGAUGUCGCGGGACCAGGACAUGACUCUCAUCCAGGAUCUGCGUGAGGAGGUUGACAAGAUAAAGACAACACAGCUCCUCAUGGAAGGAGACAUAAAGAAGCUUAAGGAGUCUCUUGCCUUAGAUCAGGAGCUGAGACAGCAAAUGGAAGCCAAGUUUUUGGAGAUCCAAAAAGACUUUGAGAAACUCAACUUUACAUCAAAGAGCCUCCAAAAGGACUCUCAACAAAAGCAGAGGGAUAUUGAGCUGGAUCGCCUGGAGCUGAAGACUUUCCGCAAACACCUGGAGGAGUCCUGGAACAGGAACAUGGAGGCUCUCGAGAAUAGGUUGAGGCGUGAAAACGCCGCUGGGAUUAAGAAGUAUCCCGAGACACUGCCGUAUUUGCAGCCAAUGCCUCCCAGCAAGGAGCCACAGCACAGCCAAAGAGCUCUGGCGACCAUCAGAGCAGCAGUUUCAAACUGCCACCAGUUCAGGAUUCUCCCCGUUCUUCGCGAGGAAUUUGGUGGGAUAAAGGCAGAACUCUCCCGCAUAUCAGAGGACAUGAAGAAGUUCCAGGAGGCACAGACCCUGAUGGUUUCCCAGCAUCAGGAGGAGAUUGAAAAGUUAAAGGCUGGCCAGCGUCAUGUGUCGGAGGAAAUGAAGAAGGUCCUGAUGUCGCGGGACCAGGACAUGACUCUCAUCCAGGAUCUGCGUGAGGAGGUUGACAAGAUAAAGACAACACAGCUCCUCAUGGAAGGAGACAUAAAGAAGCUUAAGGAGUCUCUUGCCUUAGAUCAGGAGCUGAGACAGCAAAUGGAAGCCAAGUUUUUGGAGAUCCAAAAAGACUUUGAGAAACUCAACUUUACAUCAAAGAGCCUCCAAAAGGACUCUCAACAAAAGCAGAGGGAUAUUGAGCUGGAUCGCCUGGAGCUGAAGACUUUCCGCAAACACCUGGAGAAGUCCUGGAACAGGAACAUGGAGGCUCUCGAGAAUAGGUUGAGGCGUGAAAACGCCGCUGGGAUUAAGAAGUAUCCUGAGACACUGCCGUAUUUGCAGCCAAUGCCCCCCAGCAAGGAGCCACAGCACAGCCAAAGCCCAGAGUGA